AUGACUGAAAUAAGGCCGUUUUCUUGCUUUGAUCUUUUCAAAUUCAACAAGGUCAAUUUGGAUCCACUUACAGAAACGUACGGAUUGCCGUUUUACCUCCACUAUCAAGCCAAAUGGCCUGAAUACUAUUUCACUGCGUUGGCUCCCAAUGGUGACAUUCAGGGUUACAUAAUGGGAAAGUCUGAGGGAAAAGAUUCGAUGAAGCAAUGGCACGGUCAUGUCACUGCUCUUACGGUGCAGCCUACAUAUCGGCGACUCGGCCUUGCUAGAAAAUUGAUGAACCUUUUGGAAGAGGUUUCGGAAAAGAAAAAUACUUGGUUCGUUGAUCUUUUCGUCCGCCAGACGAAUACAGCAGCCCACGAGCUCUACAAAAACUUGGGCUACACUACGUAUCGACGAGUUCUCAAUUAUUACGGGGCGUCGUCGAAAGAUGGACUGGAAGAAGACGCGUACGAUAUGCGGAAGUCGAUGUCAAAAGAUGUCAAUAAGGAGACGACUGAGCCGUUGAAGCGCCCUGUUCGGCCGGAUGAAAUCGAGUGGCACUGA